AUGCACCCCCCGUCCCUCACCGCUGCAUCAAUGCACACGAUGCGCCAGCUCUUGCCCAAGAUUCUCGGAUCCGCUAUAUCCGCCCUCGGAUUUUAUGGAGUCUUCAAGUUGCUGGCUUUCUUGUAUCAUGAACUUACUUCCUCGGUCCGUCUCCUGCCUGGCCCUCCGAGCACUAGCUGGAUAUACGGGAACCUCAAGGAGAUUUCCAACUUGGAAGACUCGCGGCUUCACGAAGAGUGGGGAAGGGCUUACGGACAUACGACGCAGUACAAGGGAAUCCUCGGGAUGGUUCGCAUGUGCACGACGGAUCCCAAAGCGGUAAACCACAUCCUUAUGCACCCAGACAUAUACCAGAAGCCGGCUGCGAACCGUCAUGCUCUCGCUAGCAUUCUUGGUGAAGGAAGCCUCCUCGUAGUCGAAGGUGGCAAGCAUAAGACCCAGCGCAAGACAAUGAACCCUGCGUUUGGCCUCAUCCAAACCCGAUACUUGACGGAGAUAUUUAUCGAAAAGGCGAUUGAGCUCCGUGACGUUUGGGCUUCCCAUAUUGGAGAAAGUGGAUCUGCUCAAAUUGACGCAUUAUCGUGGAUGAGCCGGACAGCGCUAGAUGUCAUCGGACUUGCUGGCUUCAAUUACAAAUUCGACGCACUGAUUGGCGAGCCUAAUGAACUAAGCCAGGCCUUCUCGACGGUCUUUCAGACCAGUGUAAAGUUUGAAGUGUUCUCGCUACUCCAAAAUUUCUUCCCCCCUUUACGGCUUAUCAAAACAAAGACAAGUCGCGACCGUCAAGCAGCACACGAAGUUAUGUCGAGGAUAGGAUCUGAACUUCUCGCGUCGAGUAAGGCAGGCGUUGCUCUGGCAGAGAAGGAUGGCAUCGACAAUGGGCUGCAGUCACGGAGCUUGCUUUCGUUGCUGGUGAAGGCUAAUAUGUCAGCAAGCGUACCCGAUCACCAGAAGAUGAGCGAUGAAGAUGUAAUCGAUCAGGUCGCAACAUUCAUUGCUGCCGGUCAUGAAACUACUGGUACGGGGACAACAUGGGCACUCUUUGCCCUAACGCAAAAUCUCAGAGUGCAAGCACAGCUACGCGAAGAGGUCCUCGGUGUCGUCACGGAUACACCCUCCAUGGAAGAGCUUAGCGCUCUACCGUACCUCGACGCCGUCAUCCGAGAAACUAUGCGACUCUAUGCACCCUUGCCGUCAACUACAAGAGUGGCUGACGUUGAUGAUAUUCUACCCUUAUCCACUCCUUUGACGGAUUCGAAAGGCGACGUCCACCGAUCAAUAGUACUCAAGAAGGGCCAAUGGGUCUCUAUCCCUGUUCUAGCAAUGAACCGUUCAAAGUCUAUAUGGGGCGAAGACGCUUGGGAAUUCAAGCCAGAACGAUGGCAGUCACCGCCAGACGCUGCACAUGACAUCCCAGGAAUAUGGGGAAAUACAUUGACGUUCAUGGGUGGACCUCGGGCGUGUAUAGGAUGGCGCUUCGCUGUCACUGAAAUGAAAGCCCUCUUGUUUACACUUGUCCGGUCCUUCGAGCUCGAGCUGGCUGUCCCACCAGAGGAGAUUGUGGGGAAGCUUUCGGCUGUUGUUUAUAGACCGAUGGUGAAGAGUAACAGGGAGGCGGGGAACGUGCUGCCGCUGAUAAUUAAGCCAUAUCAGCGGGCGUGA